AGGAGCAGUUUUGGAUUAAAGCCAUGGAUGUAACCCAGUCUUUCCUUCUCCUCCUGUGUGUCCUCCACCUGACCUUGACUGGAGUUUUGGGCAAACACGUCGCUCACAGAAACCUGUUUACACAGAGAGUGUGCUGCAAGAGACUGAGCCACUUUGUGUACAUCGGACAAGACAUCUCGGGCAGUCCUGUCAGUGUGGAUGUGGGGAUGUGCCGGUCACACUGUGGGGGAGUGUCCAGAGCCUCCCUUGAAGCAGGACAGCAGGAAUAUUCAAAAUAUUCCUCCAUGCUGGAUUUUCUCAGAAGCAAAAAGAUGAGGAGUCGUGGACCUGCAGCUGCAGAGAGUCCAGAGCCUCAGGACCAGCUGCCCUCCUGUGGACUCAACCACGUGUGUGAGCCCACCGGGAUGCGGGUGGACCGGGUGCUGCUGCAGGAGGGACACCAGCAGGUGGAGGUCGUCGAGGAGUGUCACUGUGAGGUCAAGCUGACCCAGUGCAUCCGUGUCCCCGCACUGAGGACAUAUUACUCCGAGACUCCGUAUGAGACCGUGAUCGACGUGGGAGGAUGCUCCCGGUCCAAAGGUUCCCCAGAGGGAUUCUCCUGUGUCCCCACCAAGUUUGACUCCGCUUUGGUGGAAACCCCCAACAAAGUGGAUCUCAUCCAGACCGUGGUGGCAUGUGAGCUGAAGGAAAGCUGCUACAGGGUCUCACAUGUGGAGUAUUACUAUGAAAUAGUCCACCACGCAGACGGGAUCAAGGAAGAGAGGCUUAAAGAAAUAGAUGUGGGCAGAUGUUUGGGGGGCUGCACUACAGGGAACCGUUGCCUUCUCAGGAGUCCAUCUGAUCCACAAACGUGCCACUUAUGGGCAGAGAAGCAGUCCAGCUCCUGUGUUCCUCAAGGUCACGAGAGCCACAGCUUCAUCAACCAGCACGGACAGUCACGCACAGUCCUCUCCAUCACUUCCUGUCUUUGCCAAAACUGAACACUGCGCCUCCUAGUGGAAAACAACAUGAUCUGCAGCCCACUGAAACCAAUACUGUGUCAUUC